CCAAGCUACCCUGAAGCACUUCCUCGCCUCACCUCUCCCCAAAGUGCCAACCUUCUCAACGGCAGAAGUCGGAGGAAGCAAUGAUGGACCUUCUGCCAUUCUCCAUGGAGACUUGGGCUCUUCUCGCCCUCUCCAUAGGCCUACUGAUGCUAUAUGGCAUUUGGCCCUAUGGUGUCUUCAGGAAACUGGGCAUCCCAGGACCACAGCCAAUCCCUUUCUUGGGCACGGCCACCGCCUAUCGCAACGGAGUAACGGAGUUUGACAAAAAAUGCUUUCAAAAAUAUGGAAAAAUGUGGGGGUUUUAUGACGGCCGGUGGCCUGUGUUGGCUGUUACUGAUCCAGCCAUGAUCAAAGCUGUCCUCGUGAAAGAGUGCUACUCGGUCUUCACCAAUCGCCGGAUGUUCGGUCCAACGGGCAAGCUGAAAUCAGCUGUUUCUGUAGCUUCAGAUGACCAGUGGAAGAGGAUUCGCACUGUGCUCUCCCCCACUUUCACCAGUGGGAAGCUUAAGGAGAUGUUUCCUAUAAUCAAGCAACAUGUGGACAGCCUAGUGAAAAAUAUUCAAGGCAAAGCAGAGAGGGCGGAGCCUGUGGACAUCAAAGAGAAAUUUGGGGCCUACAGCAUGGAUGUGGUGACCAGCACUUCCUUUGGGGUGAACACAGAUUCCAUGAACAACCCCAAAGACCCCUUUGUCAGGGAGGCGAGUAAGCUGGUGAAGUUUGACCUGUUUUCCCCAAUCUUCAUUUUAUUAUAUUUCUUUCCAUUCCUAAGUCCCCUUCUGGACAAGAUGAACUUCCAUAUCUUCCCCAGCAGUGCUGUGAACUACUUUGCCAGGGCAAUUGGGAACAUCAAGAAGGAACGGGAGCAAGCGAAAGGAAAGGGCAGAGUGGAUUUCCUACAGCUGAUGAUUGACUCCCAAAAGUCAGAUGUGCAAUACGAGAGCAAUGGUGUGAGCCACUCCUAUAAAGCGUUGACCGAGGAAGAGAUGUUGGCACAAGCCAUUGUGUUCAUAUUUGCGGGAUACGAGGCCACCAGCAAUAUCCUCGGCUACAUGGCUUUUGAAUUAGCGACACACCCGGACGUCCAGAGAAAACUGCAAGCUGAGAUUGACGCUGUCCUGCCUAAUAAGGCUCCCAUCACCUAUGAUGCCGUCAUGCAAAUGGAAUACCUUGACAUGGCCACCAGCGAAAUCCUCCGCAUGUACCCGGUUGGCGGGCGAAUCGAAAGAGUGUGCAAGAAAGACGUGGAGCUGAAUGGGAUCAAAAUUCCGAAAGGGAUUACGAUUAUGAUUCCACCGACCGUCUUGCACUAUGACCCAGAAUACUGGUCGGAACCCGAAGAAUUUAGACCGGAAAGAUUCAGCAAAGAGAAUAAGGAGAGCAUCAACCCUUACGUUUACCUGCCAUUCGGAGCUGGUCCCAGGAACUGCCUUGGGAUGAGGUUUGCUCUCCUUACCCUGAAGGCUGCUGUUGCUAGCCUGAUGCAGAACUUCACCUUCAAGCCCUGCAAGGAGACAAAGAUCCCAAUGGAAUUGGUCUCAAUAGGACUGUCAAAGCCCAAAUACCCCAUCAUCUUGCAAGCUGUCUCCAGAGCCAGUUCUGCACAGUAGUGGAGUUUUCCCAGCAGAAUCCCAUUACUCUGGCAAUGCUGAGAGAUCUGUGGCUAGCAUAUUGAUCCUUUGGACCGUUCUCCUGGUGAAAUGUGUUUUGGCCUUUAUUUGAACAAACCCUUCCAUCCCUUGCCAUGUGAUGACUUGGACAUCUGAAAUUUUCAUACUUCACAAUUUUCUGCUGUGCAUCCAUGAGCACGUGGCUGAGGUUGCAUCGAUGGAAUCCUAGCAACUUAGCAGUGACAAAAAAGUGACAAAGCUUUUUACCUCUGAAAGAAGCGGUUUCCUGAAUAAGUUCUGCUGGCCCUCACAUGUCUAGCUGGCUAGGAUCACGCAUGUGGCCAGUUCAGGAAGUGUGGCUGUGAUUGGUAGUGUGACUGUUGCAGGGAGCAAAUUCAUUCACUCUUAAUCAGCUGUGUUUGCUUCAGUAAUGUCAGGAUGCAGGGAAAUCAAAUACGUUACCUGGGUCCUUGACUUCCUGGGAUUGCUUUAUGAAGAAAGAAGUCCUAAA